AUGCUGCACCCUUCAAAUACCAGAGAACUGAUUUCUGUUUCAUAUGAUCAGUUGAAUUCCUACUGAGUACACAGAACUACACCAUUCAUCAGUUCACCUAUUCUGCAAAAUGAGCUUGGACAAGUCAAGUAUUGUGAUUUACAUCAAAUACCAGAAAGACGGCCAUUAUCAUCCUCUGAUCAUACCUAAAGGUUCAAAGCUUUGUGACAUCGAGCAAAUCUUUAUGAAGAUAUUUGCCGACAUCAUACCUAAAGGAAGUAGAUUCUCAGACUUCAAGUUUCAGUUGGUUCAUGGUGAAACAAUGGUCCCUAUCAAGAACGACUACGAAUUCCAACCAAACGAUUGCUUGGUGGCGUCUUAUCGGUCUGCAAAAGUAUUAGCUCCUUACGAAACUCCUCAUGCAAUAGAAGAUGGUGUUGCUUACUAUAUGUGGUCAGUGUUCAGCCAAACAAACGAGGGUCUUAUGAAACGAGAUGGCACCAAUGUUAAGUGUGAUGGGAAGAAAAGCGAUCAGCCAGCACUCAUUCAAUUUACAGCAAACAAUGUCACCGGUGCGACGUCCCCAUCGAGGCCGACGAUGGAGUUUGCAUUUACCCUGCCAAGCAAUAACCCCAACAAGGUCUAUGUAAUAAAAGGUGUAGGAGAAAACCAAGACAUAAUUGUUGAGGAAGUCGACAAAUCGUUCAUUAAACCAUCGAUGGGUGAUGAAUAUAAAUUUGAAUGUGAGCAGUCUUUUAGUUACAUGCAGUAUMRAUGCAUUGGAGUUGGAGAUCCAAAACGCACUGAUUUGUACAUCUCUGCMCAUCAAGAUGGCACUGUUCAGCUACAAAAAGCUGGUGUACGUGGCUAUCCUACACCUUCCACGCUAUUCAUUGCAGUAAACAUGAAUUAGAUAAAAAAAAAUAAAAMAUAAAAACAACAACGUCGGCUUGAAUGAUUACAUUAUCACAAACUAAAAUCUAAGAGAAGCAUAGAACCUCAUUAGUUUUCUGAAAUACCGAAAUGGACUCCGUUUUUUAUAAGAUUACUUUUUUUCACAAGAUAAAUAUAAGUGCKUUCCACGAAAAACUAGCGGAUUCCAAUGAAARUCCUUAGAAAUAUAUUUUUCAAUAGACCUCCAGAAUGACCGCCAAAACUUUGUAUACURACUCAAGAGAACAUGACCAAUGAAAAAAUAAAGYAUAUGGUAUAUAUGCUUCACUUAGAAACACCUAAUAAACAUUGUAAUGGCAAAACCCUGGCUGAGGCCUAUAAUUAAAAAACAGAAAACAAAUAAGCAAAUAAUACCAAAAUAGAAAAAAAAAAAAGAAUAAGUCGAAUGAAGAAAUAAAAUGAAUAAAUAA